AUGAAAUCGAACACGGCUCUUUUCCCUACGCUAGCCGUCGAACUCGUCGAGCUCAUCGCAAAUGACCUCGAAGGCGAUGGCUUACUUGACCUCCGCCUGACGUGUCGCGAGCUGCAGAAAAAGACAUUCCAUUGUUUUGCGCGACGAUUCUUCACCUCCAUUAAAACCGACCUCUCCGAUGACAGUCUCCAGCGAGUCGACGCUCUCUCACAACACCCGGCCCUCCGUCCUUAUGUACAAGGUCUAGCUUUUAUGCUUCAGAAUGGGGUCGGUCGCGGCCUGGUCUGGGACCGUCACCCCUGGGGUUCAUUGUCGGCUCCGAUGGAGGUUGAAGCAAUCCGUCGUCUGCGCGAUAAUCUCAUCAAUAAACUAACCAACUGUCGCUCGUUCUUCAUCUUCUGUCGAUACCCCGAAGGGCAUCCCGAUAUGAGUCGCGUCACUAUAACCGACGCGGUCGCUGUGUUCUUUGCGCUCAUCGUCGAUGCACAACUACCAGUCUCAUCAUUCCAUCUCAUCUACGCAAACAAAUUCUCUCGGACUUUAAUCAUGGACAUGCGUCGCUUGCCUAAACUGUUAUACCGACAGCCCGAGUUUAAAAUGGUCUGGUCAAAUCUACAGAAACUAUCUCUGGAACAAUAUCUGACUCUCGACAAUUUCGGCUUUCUGCUGGAAUUAAUCUUGAGCGCACCCAACCUGAAAACCCUGCUCCUGAAUCUCGGCUCUCAUGAUCUGGCCUGCGAGUUCAUGCAUGAGCUAGCGGAGACAGCCACAUUCUCCCAGCUUCAAGAAUUAGCAUUAUUCCGAACCCUGGUGAGAGCUCCAGAUCUCAUCAAACUGCUCAAACGCCUGCGCAAGAAUCUCGCAACGGUGACCUUCUACCACGUUUCAUUAGCACAGGAUGACAACUGGACCUCUAUUCUCAAGGAGCUCAGUCGAGACUUUACAGCGCUAACGAGUAUCUCCCUCUAUUAUCUGUGGACCAGUGCACCGACCAAGGAAGUGCUCUCGUUUCCGGAUCUGCACAAGGCGCCCAUUAUUUGCGAGUCGCCGGGUCAACGACUUCACAUGUUAUAUGCUGAAAACCCGAUCAAGAGUCCCUCGGUUCUUGGGGUAGAGUAUUCGGGAUCGAAGGUGCCACAGGUUCUAAGUUUGCUACAGACUGCAGCUGUGUAUAUGUGA